AUGGCGGAGCGUGUUGAUGCAUGGCAUGAUAUGUAUCCUGGGAACCUUUUCAGUGAUGGUCUGGGGCCGUCCGCAGCGCCUCCACCCAAUGUUUCGAGGGAUGGGCGUGACCAGCCUCCGCAUAUGGUCAGCCUGUGGGAGAUCGCGAAGGAGGCACUUAACUCCAAGGAACUGUCAUCAGCAUACAUUGAGGAAUGUCUUGACGACUCCGCGACAUCAGUACUAGAAGCCGGUGUGGCUCUGAAGAAAAAGACUGUUCGGUUCAAUGACAACGCCGCAGGGAAGUCGGCGAAGCGUCCUCCCGGUAUACCGGCCUCCCAGGUCCCCACGUCAAUUCUCAAGCCAGUGUCGGAUCCAUCUGUGGCGGUGAAAGGAGGUGCGAAGGCAUCUUUGGCAUCUCCGGGAAACCAGACUAUGCAAUACAGCUAUAAGAUGCCGGUGGAAGACAAGGUGAAUGUGUGGGAUAUAUUUGAGCACGUCCAAAAUGAAGUCCGCAUCUCGCUUACACAUCAGGAACUGAUGGCAUUGUGCCCGGAGAUCCGCAAGCUUGAGAAGGAGGAGAUUACUGCAAAGCGAGUAGCAACAACAGGAAGCUUCAAGGCUGCGGAUGGCGAGGAGGUUGCGGAGGCUCUCUUAGUGGACGUGAGCAAUGGCGGCGGACCACUUGUGGUGGCCGACGAUUCUCUUCCAUUGCGAGCAAUUGAUGCCCUGGUUGAAGGCAAGGAAUCAGCAGAACGUAUCCUUGACCAAGGCUCACAGAUCAUCACAAUGCGACGGGACAUCUGGGAAUGCAUCGGGUCCACGCUGCAGUCCGAGAAAACACUCAACAUGGAAUCAGCUAACAUGGGUAUCAACCAGACGCUCGGACGCCUUGCUAACAUUUGA